UUAGAGAUGAAGCCUAUCUGUCACUGACAAGCGCGUUAACCUAAAGACAGGGACUUUACAGAUACAAAAAAGUUUCUCAUUAAUCUUAUCAGACCUUUAUGGUAUUUAAACAACACUUUGAGAUAUUGUUUUCAGAGUGGAGCUUGUAUCUGGAGAGUGUAUAAUUUUAAUAUGCGGUAAUAUUGAAUUAUUUGAAUAAUUUCUAAAAUAAAUUGUUCUUCGGUUGCCUACAUUCUUCUGUGAUAGUGAGAUAGAGAACUACAAUCCUGUCUAUCUAUACUAUAGACGUUUGUAGAGAUACAUAUAGUAUGGAUGUAGAUCUAGUACAGUUGGAGUCCAGUCUAUGGGUCGGUAAGAAACGUUACCGGGCAGCCCUUACCGAAUGGCACCUCAACUGGACUGAGCUCGAUAAGAAGAACCGUGACAAGACCGUUUCAGUACCAGUGUCGGAGAUUGUUGCUGUGGAGGAGGGGCAUGUGGAGGUUCUGCCCCAGAGGUCAGUUUCUGAAGACACAGACAGAGACUUCACAGUGUUCUAUGUGAAGCGUAGCAGCAAUGGUAGUUCCUAUGGGUUGCUAUGGCGCCUGGGCAGGACCCAGUUCAGCUGUCCCAGCAGGGACCUCAGAGACCAGUGGAUGACCCAGCUGAGGAUUGCCCUCAAAACACACAGCCCCUCUCGUCCUCACAGGUUGUUGGUGUUCAUCAACCCGUUCGGAGGAAAGAAACAAGGGAGGGAGAUCUAUCACUCUCUAGUGGCCCCACUAUUUGAGCUGGCAGGGGUCAGCUCCCAUGUUGUAGUGACAGAGCGGGCCAACCAGGCGAGAGACCACAUACUGAAGAAAGACCUGACUGGUUUCGAUGGUGUGGUAUGUGUUGGCGGGGAUGGAAUGUUCAGUGAGCUGCUGCACGGUGUGAUUGGCCGAACACAGCAGGAGGCGGGGCUAUCGGAGCAUGACCCCUCCCUACAGUCAUGUGACCUUCACAUUGGCAUCAUUCCUGCAGGCUCCACAGACUGCGUGUGUUUUGCCACUGUGGGAGUCAAUGACCCAGUGACCUCUGCACUGCACAUCAUCAUUGGAGACUCUCAGCCUCUGGACGUGUGUUCCGUCCACCACCGCUCGUCUCUGGUGCGUUACUCUGUGUCUCUGGUAGGAUACGGGUUCUAUGGAGACGUGCUGGCUGAGAGCGAGAGACAUCGCUGGAUGGGGCCUCUCCGAUAUGACUAUUCAGGUGCUAUGGUGUACCUGAGUAACAGGAGCUAUGCAGGCCUAGUUCAGUACCUACCAGCAGACCCCCAACUCUCCAACCCUAGGGACAACACACGCUGCCUCUCUGGGUGCAGUGUGUGUUCUAAGAGCACAGAGAGACUGUUCCCCCACUCUCCAGAUGCUAGUUCCAACUACAUCUCCCACUUCAGUCAGUUCAGCAGCGACUCAGAGGAACUUCCUCUGCUCUCUCUGCCUCGUGCUGCAGGUGAUUGGGUGAGUGUGGAGGGCCGGUUCAAGGCUGUGUCCCUCACCUGUAUGUCCAGCUCCUGUCCUCGCAGUCCCCUGGGCCUGUCCCCCUCAGCACAUCUGGCCGAUGGGACAGGUGACCUCAUCAUUGUACGGGACACACACCCCCUAGGGUUCCUCACCUUCCUACACAGACACACCAGCACACAGGACCAGUUUGACCUGCCCUUCGUGGAUGUCCACCGCGUGAAGGCAGUACGUUUCUCUCUCCCACCCGGAGAAAAGGAGGAUGAGGAUGAAGAGAGGGAGACAGUAAAUGGUGGAGGGAUGGCGGAAGAGGGAGAGAGAACAAGCCGGAGCGGUUCCCAACAUCACCUGGUAGAAAGAGGAGAGGAGCGAGGGAUGGCUAAUGACAGGAGGAAGAAAGACUUGUGUGGCCUGUGCUGCAGUAAGCCUCCUUCAGUGUCUGUGUGGAACUGUGACGGAGAAAUACUUCCUCACACUGAGAUCCUCUGCAGGGUUCAUGGUCAGCUGGUGCGUUUGUAUGCCCGGGGCAUGGAGGACGGAUCAGCCACACCCACCAGGAAGUGAACUGUGUUAGGGUCCAUCACACUACUGACUGAGGGAGGCCGUGGUAGGGUCCGUUCACACUACUGACUGAGGGAGGCCGUGGUAGGGUCCGUUCACACUACUGACUGAGGGAGGCCGUGGUAGGGUCCGUUCACACUACUGACUGAGGGAGGCCGUGGUAGGGUCCGUUCACACUACUGACUGAGGGAGGCCGGGUCCGUUCACACUACUGACUGAGGGAGGCCGUGGUAGGGUCCGUUCACACUACUGACUGAGGGAGGCCGUGGUAGGGUCCGUUCACACUACUGACUGAGGGAGGCCGUGGUAGGGUCCGUUCACACUACUGACUGAGGGAGGCAGGGUCCGUUCACACUACUGACUGAGGGAGGCCGUGGUAGGGUCCGUUCACACUACUGACUGAGGGAGGCAGUGGUAGGGUCCGUUCACACUACUGACUGAGGGAGGCAGUGGUAGGGUCACACUACUGACUGAGGGAGGCAGGGUCCGUUCACACUACUGACUGAGGGAGGCAGGGUCCGUUCACACUACUGACUGAGGGAGGCAGGGUCCGUUCACACUACUGACUGAGGGAGGCCGUGGUAGGGUCCGUUCACACUACUGACUGAGGGAGGCAGGGUCCGUUCACACUACUGACUGAGGGAGGCGGAGGUAGGGUCCGUUCACACUACUGACUGAGGGAGGCCGUGGUAGGGUCCGUUCACACUACUGACUGAGGGAGGCGGAGGUAGGGUCCGUUCACACUACUGACUGAGGGAGGCGGAGGUAGGGUCCGUUCACACUACUGACUGAGGGAGGCCGUGGUAGGGUCCGUUCACACUACUGACUGAGGGAGGUAGGGUCCGUUCACACUACUGACUGAGGAAGGUAGGGUCUGUUCACACUACUGACUGAGGGAGGUAGGGUCCGUUCACACUGCUGACCGAGGGAGGUAGGGUCCGUUCACACUGCUGACUGAGGGAGGCGGAGGUAGGGUCCGUUCACACUACUGACUGAGGGAGGCCGUGGUAGGGUCCGUUCACACUACUGACUGAGGGAGGCAGUAGUAGGGUCCGUUCACACUACUGACUGAGGGAGGCAGGGUCCGUUCACACUACUGACUGAGGGAGGCAGGGUCCGUUCACACUACUGACUGAGGGAGGCAGGGUCCGUUCACACUACUGACUGAGGGAGGCAGGGUCCGUUCACACUACUGACUGAGGGAGGCAGGGUCCGUUCACACUACUGACUGAGGGAGCCAGGGUCCGUUCACACUACUGACUGAGGGAGGCAGGGUCCGUUCACACUACUGACUGAGGGAGGCGGAGGUAGGGUCCGUUCACACUACUGACUGAGGGAGGUAGGGUCCGUUCACACUACUGACUGAGGGAGGUAGGGUCCGUUCACACUACUGACUGAGGGAGGUAGGGUCCGUUCACACUACUGACUGAGGGAGGCCGUGGUAGGGUCCGUUCACACUACUGACUGAGGGAGGCGGAGGUAGGGUCCGUUCACACUACUGACUGAGGGAGGCGGAGGUAGGGUCCGUUCACACUACUGACUGAGGGAGGCGGAGGUAGGGUCCGUUCACACUACUGACUGAGGGAGGUAGGGUCCGUUCACACUACUGACUGAGGGAGGUAGGGUCCGUUCACACUACUGACUGAGGGAGGUAGGGUCCGUUCACACUGCUGACUGAGGGAGGGGGUGGUAGGGUCCGUUCACACUACUGACUGAGGGAGGGGGUGGUAGGGUCCGUUCACACUACUGACUGAGGGAGGCGGAGAUAGGAUCCGUUCACACUACUGACUGAGGGAGGCGGAGGUAGGGUCCGUUCACACUACUGACUGAGGGAGGCGGAGGUAGGGUCCGUUCACACUGCUGACUGAGGGAGGUGGUGGUAGGGUCCGUUCACACUACUGACUGAGGGAGGUGGUGGUAGGGUCCGUUCACACUACUUUCAGAGAAAAAUAAUGCCAGAAAAGAAAACAUGAUUAUAAUCAAUAAUUCUGCCAGCUAGGACCAAUGAAAUGGCUCUCUCUCUGGUGUAGUUUUUUUUAUAGAGUGAACGGAGCCUUACUGUGAUACUGAGAUGUAUCACAACUGAAGAAGGCUGUAUUACUGUACGAACCACAUGUAGGCUCAAUGACAACAUAUCAGUUAGUGGGAUGUCUGUGGAAAGACUUAUUUUUCUGACCUGUGACUAUCAACAGAAUAAACAACAGAGCCUUACAUUUUACAUACCUGAUAAAAUGGCUACUGUAACUAACAGUAGGGUCAACAUACAAGUUAGUGGGACAACGGUCAUGAAUGACUUUGGAAGUAGGUGUGACUGAACGUAACACACUACCCAAAAGAGCCUUCCAUUUCACUUCAUCUGCUUUCUCUCUUAACCAAAUCAUUCCUGAAUAUUUUGACAAGUCUUUAGAUGGAGGUUUGAGGUAAUUCAAGGAAUGUACACUGAGUGUUCAAAACAUUAAGAACACCUGCACUUUUCAUGACAGGUCAAUCCAGGUGAAUCCCCUUAUUGAUGUCACUUGUUAAAUCCACUUCAAAUCAGUGUAGAUGAAGGGGAGGAGUCCGGUUAAAGAAGGAUUUUUUAAGCCUCGAGACAAAUGAGACAUGGAUUGUGUAUGUGCCAUUCAGAGGGUGAAUGGGCAAGACAAAAUAUGUAAGUGCCUUUGAACGGGGUAUGGUGGUAGGCCCUAGGCGCACCGGUGUGUGUCAAGAACGGCAACGCUGCUGGGUUUUUCACGCAGUUUCUCGAGUGUAUAAAGAAUGGUCCACCACCCAAAGGACAUCCAGCCAACUUGACACAACUGCGGGAAGCAUUGGAGUCAACAUGGGCCAGCAUCCCUGUGGAACGCUUUAGCCACCUUGUAGAGACCAUGCCCCGACCAAUUGAGUCGGGUUCUGAGGGAAAGGGGGGAGGCACAACUCAAUAUUAGGAAGGUGUUCUUAAUGUUUGUUUUUUACACCCAAUAUAUCAUAUUUUCUACAAACAAUGAUACAGCUUGAUAUGACUUGAUGUCAGUAGCUUAUGGUAUUUUCACCUGUAAAUGUGUAUGUUUAUUUCAGCUACUGAUUUGCAUUUAUGAAAAUGUUGCACAUAAUAAACAGACACCUUAUUAUUAUGCAGAA